CGGCUGGGCCCCCCCGCGGCUGGACGGCUUCAUCCUCACCGAGCGCCUGGGCAGCGGCACGUACGCCACGGUGUACAAGGCCUACGCCAAGAAGGACACUCGCGAGGUGGUAGCCAUAAAGUGUGUGGCCAAGAAAAGUCUGAACAAGGCAUCGGUGGAAAACCUCCUGACAGAGAUUGAGAUCCUCAAGGGUAUUCGACACCCCCACAUCGUGCAGCUGAAAGACUUCCAGUGGGACAGCGACAACAUCUACCUCAUCAUGGAGUUCUGUGCUGGGGGCGACCUGUCUCGCUUCAUCCACACCCGCAGGAUUCUGCCUGAGAAGGUCGCUCGUGUCUUCAUGCAGCAGCUGGCUAGUGCCCUGCAGUUCCUGCAUGAACGGAAUAUCUCUCACCUGGAUCUGAAGCCACAGAACAUUCUGCUGAGCUCCUUGGAGAAGCCCCACCUGAAACUGGCAGACUUUGGCUUUGCACAGCACAUGUCUCCAUGGGAUGAGAAGCACGUGCUCCGUGGCUCCCCCCUCUACAUGGCCCCUGAGAUGGUGUGUCAGCGGCAGUAUGAUGCCCGCGUAGACCUCUGGUCUGUGGGAGUCAUCUUGUAUGAAGCCCUCUUUGGGCAGCCCCCCUUUGCCUCCAGGUCGUUCUCUGAGCUGGAAGAGAAGAUCCGUAGCAACCGGGUUAUCGAGCUCCCCCUGCGGCCCCCACUAUCCAGAGACUGCCGGGAUCUGCUGCAACGGCUUCUGGAGCGGGACCCCAGCCGUCGCAUCUCCUUUCAGGAUUUCUUUGCCCACCCCUGGGUGGAUCUGGAGCACAUGCCCAGUGGGGAGAGCCUGGCACGAGCUACUGCACUGGUGGUUCAGGCUGUGACGAAGGACCAGGAGGGGGAUGCCGCGGCUGCCUUGUCCCUCUACUGCAAAGCUCUGGACUUCUUCGUGCCUGCUCUGCACUACGAAGUGGAUGCCCAGCGGAAGGAAGCAAUUAAGGCAAAGGUGGGGCAGUACGUGUCCCGGGCUGAGGAGCUCAAAGCCAUUGUCUCCUCCUCCAAUCAGGCGCUCCUGAGGCAGGGGACCUCUGCCCGAGACCUGCUCAGAGAGAUGGCCCAGAACAAGCCACGCCUUCUAGCUGCCCUGGAAGUGGCUUCUGCUGCCAUGGUCAAGGAGGAAGAAGCUGGUGCGGAGCAGGAUGCCCUGGACCUGUACCAGCACAGCCUGGGGGAGCUGCUGUUGCUGCUGGCAGCGGAGCCCCCAGGCCGCAGGCGGGAGCUGCUUCACACUGAGGUUCAAAACCUCAUGGCCCGAGCUGAAUACCUGAAGGAGCAGGUCAAGAUGAGGGAAUCUCGCUGGGAAGCCGAGAGCCUGGACAAAGAGGGGCUGUUGGAGUCUGUUCGUAGCUCUUGCACUCUGCAGUGACCCCAGAAGGAUGAUUGGACAGACCACUAGCCACCUGGAAUUGAGAGGCACACUAACCCAGGCUCACACCCAGAAUUCUGUGGCCCUCUGCAAUCCUGGGGAGCAGGCUUCCUGGACGGACAAGUCUGAGACCCCUGAUAUCCCAGGAUCCCCAGCUUGGGGGGCCUUAGAGGGUCUGACAACCCACACUGUGUGCUGCUGGGAACACCGGGCCUUGGCCCCUAGAGAAGGGGCAGCACUCUGAGGGAAGACUAUUUCUUUCAUGAGACCUUUGUCAUUUGGUGGUUGCUGGGUCCUGAGUCUGUCGAUUUGGUGGCAGCCAGCCUUCUAGGACUUUUGCACUGAGAAGAGGACAAGGGGCCCUGCCCUGUGCUCACCGUUCCUGGGAGGCCUUAUUCCAACUCACCUCCCUGCUUGCACUGGAAUGGGGGACUCCAAUACCCCUCAGGGAUCACCCACCCCAUAGAACUCCCCCCGAAUGAAAUCAGCCCCACAGAACCCCCAGUCUUCCUGGAGCUCACAUCUGCCCACUGUCUCAGUACUGUAAGAUCAUCUUUCAGGCAUGAAAAUAAUAUCCUUAGUAGGGAUGGGGCAAAUUUGAGAAACCCAUGCCUUGUUCCAGCCCUGGCCCAGGGGGCCCACAGGAGGUGUCCUCAAUCCUCAUCCCACCUGCCUCUAUUCCUCUUUAGGGAACACUCCCACUGUCCACACAGAGAGCCGUGUGCUGGAAUUUGGGCCUGGGAGGGCGAGGCCUGGGAACUACCUGACCCAUCAGGCAGGGGACCCAGCUCAGUCCAGGAUACCGGUCCUAGGUUUGACAUGGCCUCCACCCCAGUAUGUGACCCUGGGCAAGCCCCUACCGUUUCUGGGCCAGGUCUCCCCAUCUCUCCAGUGGAGCUGCUAAUACCUCCACAGCCCACAGCACGGGCUCUUAUGAGGACAAUGAAUUUAAUCUGGAGAAGAAUGUACACACCUGGAGUUAUUUAAGGGUUUCUUUUAAAAAAUCAGAGAGGGUGUUGGUGAUUUCUAACCCCUAUGCCCUUACAUGCCUCCUGGGGCAAGAGUUGCCUAUCCUCCCUGCAGGAGGCUGGCUGUAAGUAAUGUAACUCAUUGUUUCUCUAUUAAAUUAUUUUCUGUACUUGCA